GAAUUCACGGCCCAUCUAGGGUUUGGAACAAGCCAGCUUCAUCUCCUUCUUUGUUGCUCAUUGAAUCCCUACAUAAAUAACAACUUUCAAAACUAGGGCUUUGAGCCUCCGCAAUCAGCAACUACGCGGCAGUCUCAGUUCUGCCACCAAAAUGCCGAAACAAAUUCAUGAGAUCAAAGAUUUCCUUCUCACUGCUAGAAGGAAGGAUGCUCGUUCUGUGAAAAUUAAGAGGAGCAAAGAUGUGGUGAAGUUCAAAGUACGAUGCUCCAAAUAUCUUUAUACUCUUUGUGUUUUCGACUCGGAGAAGGCAGACAAGUUGAAGCAAUCCCUUCCACCAGGUUUGAGUGUACAAGAUCUGUGAAAGAAUGGUUCAAGUUUUCUCGUGAUCACGUGGACGAUGACUAGAUUUUUUAUGGUUUUUUCUCCAACUAUUUAGCAUAUGUUUAAAUUACAUUUUUGAGCCUUGUAGUAAUCCAUAUACUGUCUUCAUUUUCGGGUAGAUUGGAUGUCCGAGUUUUUCAUCUAUGCAUUUGGUGUUUCACCAAAUUUAUCCA